AUGUUUGACAGUCGCUCCUUCUACGACGUGGUGCGAGAUGCCGGCAGGGGGUCUUCACUUGCUCGAUUUCUGCACCCAACAUGUUUGGAGUUGGAACGCUAUCUGCAGACGGAACCCAAACGGCUGUCUGACCUUUUUGACGAGGAACUAGAUGGCCUCCUUACCCCCUCCUUCAUGAAGGAAGAUGCGGAUGAAGACCUGUUAGACCCCCUCCUUCCCAGCCUCAACAACCCCCCCAGUCCUCCUCCUCCUCCUCCUCCUCCUCGCCUCACCCCACGUAAAGAAACUCUCUCCUCCACUUCCUCUACUGUGACCUCUCCAGACAUCACCUUAGGGGUCAACGCAGCCCAGCUGAACGCCGUCACCUCCCUAACACCUCCCUCGUCCCCAGAACUGGGCCGUCACUUAGUCAAAUCCACCCACACACUCAGUGCCUCGCCCAACGGGACCCUCACGCUCAAGCUAGUGGCCCGAAAGGUGGGCUUGAGUUCUGCCAAGCUCGUGGCAGCCCACCCGGUCCCACUUUCUCCCCAGCACGGCAGCAGUGGAGCACAGAGCGAUGGGGAACAGGGCGCCACCUGCACCAUGGGAGCUGGCGAGACGGCAGAGAACAAGAAGAGGGUCCAUCGCUGCCAGUUCAACGGGUGUCGGAAGGUCUACACCAAGAGUUCACAUUUGAAGGCACAUCAGAGGACACAUACAGGGGAGAAGCCGUACAAGUGCUCAUGGGAAGGCUGUGAAUGGCGGUUCGCGAGAAGCGAUGAGCUGACGAGGCACUACCGCAAACAUACCGGCGCCAAGCCUUUCAAGUGCAAUCACUGCGACAGAUGGUUACCUCCUUUGCUCUUCCUGACGGGUCGUGGAAAUUAA